AUGCAUAUAUCUUCCUCUAUGGAGAAGUUGGCACAAUUGUACAUUGAUAACAUAGUGAGAUAUCAUGGUGUGCCUAUCAUCAUUGUUUCUGACUAUGAUUCCCGCUACACUUCUAAAUUCUGGGAAAGUGUGCAAAAGGCAAUGAAAACUAAACUGAACUUUAGCACAACAUUCCAUCCUCAGACAGAUAGGCAGAUAGAAAGAACAAUUCAAACUUUAGAAGUUAUGUUGAGGGCCUGUGUUGUAGAUAUGAGCUAUAGUUGGGAUGAGCAUAUACCAUUAGUUGAAUUUGCAAAUAAUAGCAGUUAUCAAUCAACUAUUGGUAUGGCACCUUUUGAAGCUCUGUAUGGAAAGAAAUGUAGAACCCCAUUACAUUGGGAUGAAGUAGGAGAAAGAAAAAUUUUGGAACCUGAAUUGGUAGAGGCCACCUGUGAGAAGGUAGAUUGGAUCAGGGAAAGAAUUAAAGUAGCUCAAUCCAAACAGAAAAGCUAUGCAGACAACAGGAGAAAGCCAUUAGAGUUUGAAGUGGGUGAAAAAAAAUACAUUCCAGAUCCUUCACAUGUACUACAUGUUACGGAACCUUUGGAGUUGGAUGAUGAUUUGAGUAAUGAAGAGCAACCUAAAGGAAUAUUUGAUAGGAAAGAAUACCAACUCUGGAGUCGAACCAUUCCAUAUGUGAAGAUCAAGUUGAAGAACCAUCGGAAGCAAGAAGCCUCAUGGGUGAGAGAAGAUGAAGUAAAGGAGAAGUACCAAGAACUGUUUGAGUCACCUGGAGAGCCUCCAUCGAUUUUUAGGCGUAAAAGACUUGUUCCAUCGAGCCUAAAUCCUAAAGAAUCUCCUGAAGAGCCGCCAUCAAGUUUUGGACUUAAAAGGCGUGUUUCAACUGGCCCAAAUCCUACAGAAUCUCCCAAUGAGCCUCCAUCAAGUUUUGUGCUUAAAAGGCUUGCUCCAAAUGGCCAAAAUCCUGCAGAAUCUUCCGAUGAGCCUCCAUCAAAUUUUGGGCUUAAAAGGCUUGUUCCAACUGGCCCAAAUCCUAAAGAAUCUCCUUAA